CGAGGAGGAGAUUUUAAAAGUUACAACUUGCAACUUUAAAACAUGGCGAAUAUCUUUGUUCAGUAAAGCAGUUGAGAAUCCGGACUUUGUUCAACUGGUCUUGAUCAUAAUCGCAAUUCGUAAACCCACAGUGGUAAACCUAACGUGGAAUAUAACAUCAACACGUGGUAUUAUCUGGUGUGAUUAUGGCUGAAAAACCUGGUGGACAUAAAAUUGAAUUCGUACAGAAACUGGAUGAUAGAUUGAAGUGUCAAAUGUGUAAGCUGGUGUUGCGAGUUCCAUUUCAAACUUCAUGUGGACAUCGUUAUUGCGAGAGUUGCAUCAAGGAUGUCAUUGACAGAGGGGACAAAAAGUGUCCUGAGGAUCAUGAAGUACUUUCUCAUGAGCAAAUAUUUCGAGACCAGUUUUGUAAUCGUGAAAUCUUGGACUUAGAAUGUUACUGUACAAAUAAAGAAUUUGGGUGUGAUUGGCAAGGCCCGUUAAAGUCAAUAGAGGAGCAUUAUAACGAUUGUCUGUUUCUCGAAGUAACGUGUCCCAAUGAAGGGUGUGGCGUGAAAAUGCUGAGGCAAAUGCUUGAGAAACAUAAGAAAGAAGAGUGCAAAUUUAAGAAGGCUGCGUGUUUAUACUGUGGUAUAGAACUGCCAGAGCCAAUGAUAAAGGAACACUUCAACACUGAAUGCACUAAAUAUCCACUUGACUGUCAAAAAGGAUGUGGAAAAAAAGUCGCUCGUAGCGAAAUGGAGCAGCACUUGGCAAAAUAUUGUGCUAGAUCUGAAGCCACUUGCCCUAUGGUGGGCCAAUGUAAUUUUACGGGCUCAAGAGAUGAACUGAGGAAGCAUUUCUCUGGAAAACAAGUCGAACACGCAGAAAUGGUGAUUGCUAAAAUGACAACAUUGAACACCAACAUUGAACGAGUGGAAGGAAUUGCAAUGACUACCAAAGAACAGCAAGAAAAUAACAACGACCAGAUCGGAAAUCAUCGUGACGAACUCGCCAGAAUACGUGACGACCUGGCUGCCUUGCGUGCUGCUGUUGAACAGCGAAACCGUUCUCACGAAGAACCAGAGAUCGCGCAGCCAAUACCAAAGCGGGAACCUCAGGGCGCGGAAAAACCAAGUGAAAUGGACGAGAUUAAAGCACGUCUAACUAAAUUGGAAGAGCAAGUGAAACAACUUAUAAUGAGAGAUCGAAAAGCACUUGGUCGUGGUCAGAUCGGCGGCCAAAUAAGCGAUAGUGCUAACGAAGCAGUUCCUGACCUCGAGAGAAGAGUCGCUGCCCUUGAGCAUAUAAAUACGCUUAGCGAUGUCCAAAUGGCUGACCAUGAUGUAAAGAUCGCGAUGUUGGAAACCACUUCAUAUGAUGGAGAAUUCUACUGGAAAAUUGAUGAUAUCACACGGCGAAUGCAGGAUGCUGUUGCUGGGAAAUGUCUGUCACUUUACAGUCCACAGUUUUAUGUUAAACGUUAUGGAUACAAGGUGUGUGCACGAGUGUAUUUGAAUGGAGAUGGUAUGGGGAAAGGAACGCAUCUAUCCUUGUUCUUUGUUGUAAUGCGUGGAGGCUAUGAUAGCUUACUACCAUGGCCGUUUCAGCAGAAAGUGACAUUCAAGUUAAUUGAUCAAACUGGCGAUCAGCAUAUUGUUGAUAGCUUUCGACCUGAUCCAAACAGCUCCAGCUUCCAAAAACCUACAAGCAACAUGAACAUCGCAAGUGGCUGCCCUUUAUUUGUACCAAAAUCAGUUCUACAAAGCCGUGGCUACAUCAAAGAUGAGACAAUUUUCUUUAAGAUAACAGUCGAUACCUCAGGAUUAACAAUAUAGUGAUUACGUUUAC